AUGUCUCGACAGCUGCAAGUAGCAUCCAAAUUGGAAAUGCGUGCAGUGAUUCGUUUCUUGGGCGAAAAGAUUAACUGCUGUGAAAUGUUUCGGCACUUGUAUGACGUUUAUGGUGAAAAUGCAACGGGACGUCAAGCUAUCGCGAACUGGUGCGACAUGCUUCACAACGAGCGUACAGAUAUUGACGACGCUCAGCGAGAGGGAAGACCAUCAACUGCCACAGAGUCUGAAAUUGAUGCUAGCGUGAAUGAAUGUAUUCUUGCAAAAAGACACAUAACAAUCGACGAGAUCUCUAAUAAACUGGGUAUCUCUUAUGGAAGUGUGCAUAAAAUUAUUGCCGAUCAGCUUCAAUUUCAUAAAUUUUGUGCUCGAUGGUGCCUCGUCUACUGA